AGAACUGACAACCACUGGUGUGCUUCCAAUCUCUUACAACUAACGUUUGAUAAAAUUUUGAGUUUCUUCAACUGUUAUUUGCUAAGAGCAGCAAAGCCAGGCUGAGCCGUUUUAGCCCCUAAAAAUGAAGAGGAAUUCUAGCUGAUAGAAGUGUUUAUAUGGAGAGAAGAAAAAAUAUAUAUACUUUUACUCCACGUUGAAAGGGAGUUAAGAAGAAAGGAGUUUGCAUUCUGUUUAAAUUAAGCUCUCUUGGGGAUUUCAGCUUGGAAAAGACUUGAGUUGAGUUUUGAGAAACCGUUUCAGUUAUUUUGUAGGUCUGAGAAGCCGCAGAACCUUAGAACUAAGCAAACUGGUGUCAAACCACAAUAACAAGGAUUGGAGUUUCACAAUGAAGUUGCUUUUUGUAGCUUUAGCAUUAAGUGUUCUGGAAUUUACUGGACGGGCCCAACGGUCUCAAGGACAGCUCCGCAACACCACAGGUCUGCAGAAAACUCCCCAAAAGAGACCUAGGCCAUUUCUUGCGAAGGCCAAGGAUUCACAAUGGACCCAGAAGGUAUCCAAGCAAGGUUCCACUGGGCAAAGGAUGGUGACUCCGGCUGUGCAGAAUUCCAAACAACUUGAAAAUACUCUGGUGGCAGGUAGAGGACAGUGCCUGGUGAAUGGGAUAGCUAUGUUUGAUGGCGCAGCCUGGUCUCCGCAGCCAUGUACUAUGUGUAUAUGUGACCUCGGGAAGCAGGUGUGUGAACCAAUCAGCUGUGAGAUGAUCGCAUGUUCUUCAGGCGAAUUGCAAACGAGUCCAGGUACUUGCUGUCCUAUCUGUGUGAAGACAGAAACACCAACUCUUAGAGUCUCCCUGCCAACACCAAAGCCUACUCAAGGAAAUGUGAAAGAAGUUAAAAUUGAGAAACAAAAUACUCCAAAGCACAUAAAACCAACAAAGGGCAAGGAAUUGAGAGUUAAACAAUCUAAACCUGGAAAUGGAGUAUCGACAACAUCUCAAGUUAGUGCUGUACCAAAAAAGGUUCCGAUGAAAAGGUCAGAGGCAACCAAGCCAGGAGAAGUCCAGAAGAAUAAUCACAACAAAAAGAAGGAGCCGAACAAUGACAAACAAGAAACCAGUGAUCAGAAAAUAGAUGUGGAUACUAUGAUAGCAAAGAAAGAACAAAACAAAAAGAAAGAGUCAGAUGUUGAGAAUCCAAAAGUUUUGGAAAAAGAACCACCAGCAGAGGAAAAAACAAAGUCUCCUGGAAUUAGUAAGGAGUCACCAAGGCCUCCAAAUGGUGGAAAAAAGAUGAAGGACCGAUUAGAAAAAAAUAAGAAAUCUGUCACAGUGGACAACUUGUCUGUUACCCCAACUGUCCCAGUUAUACAACCACCAGUUCAUCCUACAGACAAUUACAUCCCCUCACUUCCCAGUGGCUGUCUGCUCUCAGAAUCCACCAUUGCAUGUGCAAGCACAAAGAUGAAGUAUCUCCCAUUAAUGACAGAUCCGGGACUGAAAACUCUAUACUUGGCUGACAACGAGAUUUCUAAACUUCCGGCAAGAGCAUUUUCCGGUUUGCCUAAUUUGGAAUGGUUGGAUCUUAGCAAGAACAUGCUGGGCGAAUCUGGAUUAGCAGUCGAUGUGUUCAAGAAUCUAACAAAACUGAAACGUCUUAACCUGGAUGGAAAUAAUUUGACAGUUCUUCCACUGCUACCGCAAUCUCUCCAGGAACUAAAAGUCAAUGACAACAAACUCCAAGAACUUCACCGAUACAGCUUCCGGGGUCUCAGCAACCUGCUGACCCUUCAAUUAGAGGGAAAUGGUUUUCACGAUGGGAAUGUCUAUCCACUAACCUUCAAACCCCUAAAGAAAUUGAUCUAUCUGCGUUUAGACCGUAACAAAUUCCGAGCCAUACCAUCUGGACUUCCAGCCUCACUUCAGGAGCUUCAUUUGGAUAAUAACCGCAUUGAGAUUGUGUCUGAAGGGAUCCUGAACAAGACUCUGAACCUAAGUAUUCUUGUGCUAAGCAACAACAGACUACAGGAAAAUCAUAUCGCUCCACGGGCUUGGAUUGACCUGUUGAACCUAGAAUCUUUGGAUUUGUCCAACAACCACAUAGUGCACGUUCCUUCUUUCUUACCACGUGGGUUAAAACAGCUAAUCUUGCACCAUAACCAGAUCGAGCUCAUUCCAGGCUAUGUUUUUGCACAUAUGAAACCUGGACUUGAGUUUCUUCAUCUUUCACACAACCACCUAAAGGAUGACGGCAUUCAUGCAGUGUCUUUUUUCGGCCUCUACAAGUCCCUCAAUGAGCUUCUGUUGGACAAUAAUCUACUUCUUUCCAUACCUCGUGGCAUGUUGAGCUUGAAAGCCUUGCAGGUCCUCCGUCUCAGCUUCAAUAAAAUCAGGUAUGUGCCACUAAAUUCAAUCUGUGAUACUCGAAUAUCUGAGGAUUCCAGCCUUGUGUCAGUGCACCUGGAACAUAACUUCAUAAACCGCCAUCUGAUUCCACCCACUGCAUUCUCCUGUAUUAAGACCUACCAUAGUGUCAUUUUGCGCCCUCAAAAUGGUGAAUACGAGGACUAUUAUUAAAUAUAUUUACAUGAAUCUUUACAAUUAGUGGAAGAAGUAACUGCUCGCUGAAAAAAAGAAAAUAAUCUUUCUCUGUCUCUGUAUCUCUCUCUCUCUCUCUAAAUAUAUACAUACAUAUAUUGAGUUUACCUGCGCAUCAAAGGACAAUUUCUCUCAGUGAUGAGCUUUAUCUUUUUUUUUUGGUUUUUUACCAUCUCUCCAUUUGAGUCCAAGUCGUAUCCAUUUAUCUGUUCUCUGGGUGUAUAUUUUCAGUAAGUUGUAAGACUGGACAACUUGACGAAAGUCCCAAUCUGGCUCAACAGAAGAUUAUUUUUCUCCAAAUCUGUAAAAUUUUUUUAUCUACUAAAUUCUCAACCACCACAACUUCUUUUGAACAAACCCUAAGAAUUAAUGUGGAACACCCGAAUCUCACAUUAGGCAAUGUCAAUAUUUAGCUUUUUUGGCAGCUAAUCAAUCACUGUUUGUAUAUUAUGUAGUGUGUGAUGCUGUUCUGUGAGUGUCUGUGUGUAUCGUUCGAUCAAUGUGUGCAAGCUAUUUUCCAUUCUCUUAAAGUAUAAAAUGUAGGAACGAUGUAAUCAUUGUGUUUCCAGCUAUACUGAAGCUAUCAGAAUAUACUCAUAGCAUAUUUAAAGGAAACUGUAAAUUCACAGGAUUUUUUUGUAUUUUGUUUACUUAUUCCCUAUAUGUAACAAGUAUGUGUUUUUUUGAGGCCUGAAAA